AUGGCAAUGGUAGAAGAGUCUAGUGUUAUUACUGAGGUGGGUCUUAAUAGGCCACCUUUCUCGAGGAAAACUUCCCCACUUAAACAGGUUCUAUCCUCACCAAAAGGUUCGCUUAAUGUAUCCUCUAGUAAGGCGUCAGGUCUUGGUCUGAGGCGUCCAAGUGAUAAUAUACUUAGGACACUGACAAAUGAGGAAAAUAUAGGGUUCAAUCCAGGUGAUUUCACUCCACCGAGAAAGGAACUUAUGACUAAGAAUGAAAGACCUGUCUCAAACGAUUCUAUAGCUACAAAAUCUACUGAAAUAUUCUCAUCUACUUCUUCAGAUUUAAACUCGAGAUCAUCUUCAAUCGAUAAUGAAAUAGGUGCAACAGAUAUCGGUGAUAAUGAUGAAUCUAUCGAUUCCAUUGACGUGGAUUCAACAAUCGAUCAUUCUUAUAUGGUCAAGAAGAAACAUAAUUUGAUAAGCCUUCAAAAUACAAGUACAAUCGAUGAGGAAUCAAUGGCAGUCCACCAUAACCCAACGAGGUUGUUUUCUAAUGGUAUGAGGGCACAAUCUCAAAUAUCAGUAUCGCAUAUCAAUAAUACUUAUAAUAAUAAUAACAAUAAUUAUAAUAAUAAUAAUAAUAUUCAUGAAACCAGAUUUGGUUUAGCAUAUGCAAAUAAUAAAGCACAACAGAAUAAUAUGACGGACGGACCCAAACGAUUACCAAACCAAAGAGGGGGAUUGUAUGGUCAUUCUAACAGUACAUCUGCAAUUCUAGCUAACAAAGUACCUUUAACUCCAUCUCAAAGGUAUAGGUUGCGUAGAGAACAACAUGAAGUGUCAAUAAGAAAGGCAAUUAAGAAAAAGGAGAAAUAUUAUGAUGAACAAGACGAAGUAUUGGAAUUGAAAGAAGGUGAAAUUGAUGACUCUUUAAUUUGGAAUAUCCCAAUGGCUUCAUUUUUAACAACUUCUUUCCUUUCCAAAACACCGCAUAGCACACCCUUAGCAAGUACUCGGAAUUCGCCUGUACAUAAACAAACAAUACCUGAUUUACAUCAUGAACAACGCUCUCAUAAUUAUCAUCAUACUGAUGACAAUAAGGAAGGGAAACAUCAUUCAUCGGAUCGUAAUGCAUCUGUUUUGGCUUUUUAUGAAAUGCCAACUUCACCUAUACCUGGUAUAAAUCGAGUUUCAGAUUUCCAAUACAUUCAACAAACCUCCAAGAAUUUAUCAUCUGUAUAUUUACAUUCAUCUGAAAAAUUAUCAAAAAGUAAACUAUCAGAACGAACUCAAUCUGCUAGUUGUUUACCAAUUGAAUUUAAAGAUGCAAGUCAAAAAGGUAUGGAGGAUUUAUUACUUGUUUCAAAUGAUAAAUUGCAUCUAGUUAGUCAAGCUAGGCCAAGUUGGUUACCACCGAAGGAUAUAUAUGAAAAAAAAAUGCAUGAUAAGGAAAUUACUAAGAAGAUGAGUAUGGCAUCCAUUGAACAAUUAGAUAAAAAUAAAGAAAGAGAUGAGAGGAUCUUAAGAGAUGAAACAAAUAAACAAAAAUAUAUCCUUUUAUUAGAAAGAGACGUGACACGUAAUUCAUCUUUACAAAGUUGUAAGAAAAUGGUUUGGGAAACUGCAUUCAGUAAUGAGACUAGAUAUUCAAUGUAUUCACAGUUAUUACAAAGUAAAAUUGGUUUAAUUACUAAGAAUUAUAUUGAACCGUAUAAAUAUGUUACAGAAUUGUUAGGUAAAAUGGAUUUCCCAAAGGGUAAAGAAGUUGAAAUUGAAAAAAUCAUUUCUAAAGGGAUUAAAGCAAAAGUUAGUAGCAGUAAGAUCAUUAAAUCUUCUGACUUGAUGUUACUAUUAAAAUUAAAAUCAAUUUCACAUCAAGGGUUACUUCCUGGUGAUGAAUUAUUGUUUCAUCAUUUCCUAAUCAGUGAGUCAUUCCAAUCAUUAGAACAAGUUUGGGAGAUUGUCAAUCUAUUACAAUUAACUUGUUUCAAUGAUGUCUGUAGGGAGAAAUAUGAUUUAAAUAUAUUAAAUUCAAGAGGGGUAGUGGCACAUUAUCUUAUGAAAGAUGAAGGAUUUAAACAAGAGUAUACUAGUGCUUGUCUGAAUUACAAUACUUGGUGGAAUAUUUUGGAACGUAUAGAUCAUUCAUUAUUUAUGUGGAUUAUCGAUAUCAUCGUUGUUGCAAAUAAUCAAUGUUUUAAUAAGCAUCCUGUUAAAGUCGAAUCCUUUAAGGAUAAAGAUUGGGAAUAUUAUAGGUCAAAGAAAGUUGUUGUUAACUAUAAGAUCCUACUUUCAUUUGCAUUGAAUGUAUUAUUAAAUUAUCAUUUUGGAUUUAAUGAUCUGGCGCAAUUAUCAAGUUUGGAAGAUAAAAAAUUUUGUAUUCCAAUGCCUCUUGAUGAAUUACUAGAUACGAGUGCAAUUAAUAAUAUGUUUGUUAAUAAAUGGCAACAUUAUUAUAAGAAGUUCUAA